AUGUGGAGUAAUGAAGUGGAAGCCCUUUCAAAGGCAACGCGCCUCGGGCUGAAGCACCCUGGGGCUGAUCCAUACAAGCCCCGCCCCCGCCUGCUGUCAUUGGCCUCUGGGAUCCAUCGACGGCGACUACUGGAUGCCGGAACCGCGGACGGUCGAGCCAGUACCGCCCCGGGGGUUCUACUUGUCCGAGUUUCCGCAUCGCACGCGAGAACGACCAGUGUCCUCGGCCUCCCCGCAGUGCCUUCGUCGCGUGGUCCGUCCCUGCGUCGACCCCCUCGUGCGAAAAGUGAUCAUACGCUCGUUACGCCAUCUUGCAUCCACUGGGAGUGUGUCGUUUCCCUUCCGCAAAGAGAGAGAAGGAAAGAAUACGAGGAUUUUUCAUCGUUCUUGUGGAAGCGCGAACGGCAUGGUGGAUAUUCAAGAGGGAUUUUAAAUUUUGAGAAAAAGAGACGCGAAGACGUAGACUGCAUUGCGCCCAUGACCACGAUGUCCCGCUCGUUCCUGGUGGAUUCCCUCAUCACGCCGCGCCCCUCGGAUGCCAAUGGGCGUGCCCCCCGAGGCUACAGUCCGCCCACCAGCACACCCAUGCCCUCUCUCCUGCCCCUGCACCCGUGCCCGCCCGGGAAACACAGUGACGUGCUCUCGCUCUACUCAUGCCGUUCCUGCGUGCCCAUCCCGCCCGCGCUUAAGCAGGCCAUGGCGCCCACGCUCACGUCGAGUUUCACGCCCACCAUCGGCUCUACCUUCAGCCACACGCCCACCUCCCUCGCCCACACGCCCGUCCUGAGGCCCGUGCCCGUCUCGCUACCGGUGCCGCCCAUCUAUCCCCUUUACACGCCCUCAACGCCCACGCGGACGCACCUCACAUCACCGCCCACGCCUCUUCCAGAGAAAAAGUCACCAGUGCAAGUAGCCACGGGAGGAGUGACGCGCCCCCGCUCGGAGUCGCCGGCCGAGGACAUCCCUUCGUGCAAGAGGAUCCGUACGGCAUUCACCUCCACGCAACUCCUCGAACUGGAGCGCGAGUUCGCCUCCAACAUGUACUUGAGUCGGCUGAGGAGGAUCGAGAUAGCGACGUAUCUCAAUCUGUCGGAGAAACAGGUCAAGAUCUGGUUCCAGAACCGCCGCGUCAAGUACAAGAAGGAGGAGGGCGGGCAGUCGCGCGACAAAUGCUCCUGCCUGAGGACCUGCUCGUCCUCGCGGGGGCGCGGCAAAGACCAGGGAGGGGAACAGGGAGGAUGCGACGGGCAGGGUGCGCCGACGGGGGGGUGUGGCGAGGGCGCAAGUCCCCCCCAUCACCCCCUCCGGCGCGCCGAAGGCGAGAGGGACGCCGACGUCGCGCUGCGGGCCGGCGACGCGGGCGAGCGGGGCGCCGACGGGGACCUCUCGAGACGCCUCGACGACGACAAGGCGCUGGCGCGUGAGGCGGCGCUGCGGCUGGGGGGCGUGGGCGCCGUCGCGGGCGGCGGGGGGGACGCGGGCGACGACAAGGCCUGCCUCCAGCACCUCCACGACCACCACCACGACCACCUCCACCUCCUCCACAAGCAGCAGCAGCUCCUCCACCAGCAGGGCCGACACCCCGCCGCGGAGGACGCCGGCUACGCCCGCGGCCGCGCCUACGAGUCGGACGCCGACUCGGAGUACGAGCGCGACAGCAACGAGAACAUCGACGUCGUGUGAGCGAGUCGGGCGCAUAUACAUAUAAACAUUUCUUUGCGUGUGUGCCUCCAUGGAAGGGUUGCCUUCAGAGUUAUAUAAAAUGGUCUGUCAUUUAGAAAUACUUAUGCAUGUGUAUACAUCUAUUUUAUAUUUGAGUUUAAGACUGUACAACAAAGUACAGAGAGGGACUGUAAAUAAAAGGUGGAACUGAUAGCAGAAUGCAAUAAAUGUACGCCUCAGAUUCUACGUUAAAUCUUCAGCUGUAUCAUCGAAUAACUUUCACAACUCUCAGAAUGGUGUGAAAUGGCGUAACCAUCACAUUUCACGUAUUUUAUUUUAUUUAUACAUCAUUAUAAUUUUCAUUACGCCUGUAACCAGUGACUGUAUUCCGCCAGUGCCUGUAUUAUUUGUCGUAAC